AUGCUAAAGCUGUUAAACUCUCCGUCAUCCUUGAAAAUCGAUUCCCUUGAGGCUGAAUUUGAGGCGACAUAUUUUUUUUUCCGGGAGAAUCAGAAUAUAGUCUUAUCAUAUGACAAUUUUGUAGCGAAUGUGGUGCGAAAUUCGCCUCGUGGAAAUCAACCGUUAAUUGGUGCGCUUCAUGUUUCUACAGGGCCUGUUUGCUGCCUUGUGAAAUGUAUUUCUGCACCCUUUUACUUAAUAAAUGACACCUUUUUCAACUUUAACUUCACAGUGUCAAAAUGUGCAUUGGAUCUAGUUGACGAUGAAAAGUGUCAAACCCCUUUGCACAAAGCAGCCUCGCGUCAAAGAAGAACCAUAUGCCGGAUGCUAGUAAACGCGGGUGCCUCGCUUACGAGAAAGGAUCACGUGGGAAAUACUCCCAGAUUACUAGCUCUGAAAGCCAAAGAUAGCGACCUGGCAAAAUUUCUUGAAAAUCAAGAGAGACUGCAAAUAAUUGCUUCUGAUGAUCAUGAGACAGCCGUGUGAUAUCAUCAGCUAUACUCCAGAUUUGCAUUACUCGAUUGCAGACUGCUAGAAUUUCAUUCCAUGAUCAUUAUGCUCUACAUGCAUCUACCCUUUUGUUCAAAAUGGUCCCUUUUUUAUUUUUGUAUUGCAGUAUUUUAAAACAGCAGGAAUGGCAAAAGAAAUAAAAGCGUCGUGUAAGAAGGGCUGGGGCAAAUGUCUACCUUAGCAUCAUACGGUCGUUAGUUUUGAGUUUUGUCCUAGAUUAACCAUUUAUGUCAAUCGCAUCUUAUCGAAAGGUUUUAUUUCGGUUCUUGUGUCACUCACUAUUCAAUAAUGUCAGAUAGUCCAGCAUUUUUAGGCUUUGUCUGAAAAGCAUUACACUUUAAAAGACAUUCCUUUGCAAAUCUGAAGCCAUGGUGUUCCUGAACAUCUGUUGUAAUAUUUUUCAAUAUACUGGGUCCCAAGGUUUAAUUUUUAGGAGCUGUUUACACAUGUCCUGACCAGCUCUAAGCAGCCUAAGGGGCAAUUCCAUUUGUAUGCACUACUCCUUCGAAUAUUUACAUGAUAUCAGCAGUCAAUUCAGUUCUUCCAACCCUGGUAGCCUAUCAGCUAUGUAGGGCUGGCCUGCUGAGACGGGUUCUCUUUUCACUAAAUUUGUUUAUGUAUUGUCGGGGGGACUCAGUCCAUGGUUUUCUAUGCGCAUUGAAUAGUUAGCCCAAGCUAAUUUUCUAGCGCCAAACCUAAUGCCGAUGCUAUUGAAUUGUUUUUCUUGGGUUAGGCCAACGCUACCUGGUUGCUACCUUUGUUUUUGUGUGUAGAUAACAAUCUGCAGCUGUCCUCCCGUCCCUAACAAAUGUUUAUAUAGGCCUUGAAACUGUUACUGUUGUCGCAAUAACAAAAACACAACGUAAUGCUAUCUCCAUUUGAUUGGACCCACGGUAAGCAGCGGAAGAUUAACAGUAACAGAGUAGCAGGCUUCUUCAAUUUUUAACAGAGUAGCAGGCUUCUUCAAUUUUUAAGAUUAAAUUUUCCUACUAUUUAUCUCCAUAAUGGUCAGGUUAUUAUGAAACCAAAAUUUAUCCCCACGAUCUCAGGCCCCCUUGGAUAGUGAAUCUUGAGCUUACAAUUGAAACUGGCUCGGGUGGGGUUAACCUUCCCCUUAAAGAAGCUGUCCUGGGCUCUUAUAAGCGUAAAUAGGUUGCUUUUUUGGGUUGAGCUGAACAGGAAGCCAACCCGGGCUCGUGUAAACGACGUUAUGGUAACAAUCUGAGUUUAAGGUGAAUCGAUUCGGUAUUUUAAAUGAAAAUAUGAAGCUCGUUUGAUAAGCCUAUGAAACCAACUAGAUUUGUAUGAUAUACUGGAAGAUAAUCGCAUAUGUUAUAAGCUACGUAGAAGCAUCAAAGAAAUUAUUGUCACUUUAAGCACACUUUGCGUUGCUUUUGUUCGAAAUUCUUUUUAAUGCUGGUAGAUUCAAUUUUUACAUUCCUCAGUAGAAUAUUAAACUGUUCGUAGUGUAUAUGCUGAUGAUACAGUAAAAUCUAGCUAUAUUAGAAUUAUUUCUUCUGAAAAUGAUAAUUUUAGAACGCAAAA